AUGGAACCUGUUCAACUGAUUUCUGAAGAAUGGGGUUCUCUUUGUGGAUUGCACACAACUGAGGAAGCUGACUUUAUGGCUCAGUUGUUUGGUGGUAACUAUUCUGUCACAGAAAAGCACUGUGGAAAUACCAGUUUUGGCUUUUGGCCUUCCCAUGAAUCCACAACAGUGACCAUGGCAGAUACUAACAGCAACUCAAACUUUGUUUCAAAUGUUACAGAUACUAAUUUUUUGUGUUUCUCACAAGGGAGUAGCUCCAGCACUGAUAGUGGUGGUAAUAACAUACUUUCCACUACAAGUAGUGGAAGCUACUCCUGUGAUCCAGCAUCUAACUUUGACUCUGUGUCCAUGCUUUAUUCCCUGGGAGAUGCCAAAUUUAGUCCAUAUAGUUUUCAGUUGAAUGACAACUUAAGCCAACGGAUAAAUGAAAACACUGAUGAAGAGUUAAGUCUAGACCCUGUGGCUCUUGCUGACAACAAUUUGCAGGCUAAGAGGGAGUAUGAAAUCAUGGUUUCUGAACCUGUACAAGAGGAUGGAAGCAGAAACCUGGAGACCCUGACAAAAAGACUUCGGAGCUCAAUAGAGGUCUCAAAAACAGUGAGGAAUGCUAAAUCGAGGAAAAAUCCAAAAUCUGCUUCAAUGAGCAACGAUGAAGAUGAUAGAAGCUUGAGCCUCCCAAGGCAUAGCUGUUUUUCACAAGGUGACUCUAAUGCUUCUCUGGAGCCAAAUGGAGGGGUAUCAUCAAAAGAUCUUGCAUCUCCCAAUUCGUAUAGAAAAUCAAGAGCAACUACCCGCCCUGCCACUGAUUCUCAGAGCCUCUAUGCAAGAAAGAGAAGAGAAAGAAUAAAUGAAAGGUUGAGAAUACUGCAAAACCUUGUCCCCAACGGAACUAAGGUGGAUAUCAGCACCAUGCUUGAGGAAGCUGUCCAAUACGUUAAGUUUUUACAGCUCCAAAUUAAGCUUCUGAGUUCCGACGAUCUGUGGAUGUAUGCUCCAAUUGCUUUUAAUGGAAUAAACAUGGGACUAGACCUAAGCAUUUCUCCAACCAAAGGAAGAUGA